AUGGUCAUGUCAACAUUACUUUUGGAUCAAGAAAACGAUGCGGCUACUGUUAUUAAAAGAAACGGGUUAGUCUGCACAGAAGAUAAUGACCUUGAUGAACCAAUUAAGAAAAUAGAAAAAACAAUUGAGGACUAUACUUCGAAUCUUCCUUUAGGAAAGACAAUCUAUUUAUUGCUCAAUGUACAUAAUCAUGUUUUUGAGAAAGCAGUAAAAUCUAUAAAAGAAAGUACUUCAACUGAAAUUUUGAUAAAAAUGAGUGAAUCACCUACCAUUCGAGCUAUUAUGUCUAUUGAGAAUUAUUUAGCCCCAAAUGAAACUCUCUUUAAGCAUGUGUUUGAUCCAUUAAAAGAAAAGAUUUUGAAACGUCAUCCAAACGAAGCAGCUAUGCACUUGAUAGGUUAUUUUAUUCUUGACUCUGUUCAUAAUAAACAAAUACAACAGUUUUUUGUCCAAGAACUAUCAAGAUCAGAUAAGAAAACACAACUAGCUAUUAUAAUUUUAUUACAAUUUCUAUAUAAACAAUCUAUAGUAUUAAGGGAUAAUUGUCGAGAUAUGACCCUGUUAUUUCUCCCAUCUUUAAUUUAUAUAAUUGAAGAGUGUGGCCAAGCAACAACAUUGCUUGCUUGUUCAGCUUAUAAUAUAGCAGCACAAUUUUGCCAGUACAAUUUACUUCACCUUCACGAUAAUUAUAUAAAAGAAAAUGACUCCUUAAAAAUUAUUGAAUUAGAUGGAUCCUGUAUUUCAAGCAAUACUAUUGAUCAGAUACUUUGGAGUACUAUCGAACAAUUACUUAUAAUUUUGGAAAAGUGGCAUGUAUCUAAAAAUCAGCUUGAAAUAAUCACGUAUGAAGCAUUACAUAAAUUUCUAUCUUAUUCCAAAGAUAAUAAUACGAAUAAAGCUAUUGCUGGAGAAUGGAAUCGAAUUCUUACUUAUUUGACACCCAAAGCAGUUUUAUCUGAUAAGCCACUAACACCAAAAAAGCAAAAAAAGAUACUUGAUGAUAAAGAAAUAUCGCCUCUGACUCAUAUUAUUUUACUAAUCUUGCUACAAAAGGGCAACUGGAUUAAACUUUAUGGACUCUAUCAUGAUACAGUUGUGCUCUCUACAGAUGAAGAAGAGAUUAAAUCAUUACUGUCAAAGGAUUGCCAAGCCAUUCUCAAGACAAAUAUACCAAACAUUCAAUCAUGGAUAGCACAAUUAACAAUUCAAUUUCCUGAUUUGUUCUCAAUAGAAUACAUAGAAAAUGAGGAUUUGAUCCAAGCCAUAUUAGAUCAGACAACUGACGAGUCCACUGAAACAAUGAUACAAUUAUCAUCCAUCAUUAAAAAGCGACCAGAAUCGUCUGUAUGUUAUUUACUAUUUCAUGUUGCUCAACAAGACAAACAAUCUAAAUUUGCUUAUCAUCUUUUAUCUUAUCUUAUUGAAUAUCAAAAUUCAAACCAAAUAAUAUCUAUUUUAGCAAAGAAUCUAAUGUCUCUGUUAAAGACAAAUAAUUCUGCUUGUGAACUAUUAAUCAAGUGUAUGCCCUAUUUACGAUUACUUCCUUUAAUUCAAAGAUUAAUGCAAAUGGCAUCGACUAUCUUAUCAGAUGAUAGAGAAAGAAUGGUAUAUAUGGCUCUUAUUUCAAAGGCUUUGCUAGAUGAAAGAUGGUCUAGUGAUAGUAUAUUAUUAUAUAUCGAUUUAAUUAGGGACUUUAAAAUGCAGAAAGGUUUUAUAUCAUCUAAUGAUUUAAAGGAGCAUGAUUUGACUCCUUGUAGCAUUUCAAAUAAUAAAAAACAGCAGGUAAAAGAUGAACUGAAAGAGGAACAAAUAGAAUCACUGUGUACAGUCUACAUGGCUCCUAUACAACUUUGGAGUAUGAAAAUAAAUAGUGAAGCCUUUAGUUUAGGAUUAAGACAGCUUGUAAGAUACUCAUACGGUAUACCUAGAGAUACUGUUUCUAUUGAAUCAUGGAAGCAUCUCUCUUUUGCCUUUUUAAAGAACCAUGAACUUAUUUGGCCUGUCAUAGAAGAAUGUACUAAUAUUAUGAAAACUCAAAUUAUGAUUACAAAGGAUAUGAUACAAAAUAAAUCAGUCAAAGCAAGACAAUUGAAAGAGACCAUCCUCUUCUUAAGAAUUAAUCCAAUGCUUAUACUUCAAAUUAUAUUAGUUACUGUAAUAUUCUAAUACAUUUAAAUUACGUAGACUAUACCCAAAGAAGUUUAUCAUGAUACUGUAUGCUUACCAAAGAGUUAUGUCGAUCUUUUAGCUAAGCAGUUCCAAACAGUCAACAUUGAUAUACAAGAUAUUAAGAUACAAAAUAUGACAUUAAAUCAACAAACUUGUAUUCAAUUAGCAGAUGAGUUAUUACAGAGAUCCUUAGAGCCUAAAUAUCUUGAAGAUGAUUUAGAAAAUCCAAUCGAAUUUUCAAAAUCCUUACUUAAUAAAAUAUUUUGUAAAUAAUCAUUCA